AUGAAUUUCGAUGAAUUUUCACAAUUUCUGUCAUCACCACAAUCUUAUGAUUUUAUUGAAAAAAUAAAAAAGAAAACAAUACCAAAAAAAAGGAAAACAGUUCAUAAGCAUCUUCUUAAUACAAAUAUACUUUUAGAAAAUGAUCCUUCUAAAUUGACAAUGAGGCAAAGAGUAUUAAGGCAGAAAUUUCAAAAUAAAAAAGAAAGCAUGGAAAAUUUAGAUUUACUAAGUUCAGGUUUAGAAGCUAAGCUUUGUAAUAAAAAAAUAAAAAAAAGAAAAAAUCAGUUUAUAAUUAGGUUACCAGCAUUUACAAAAAUGAGAUUUGAAUGUGGUAAGGAAAACAUUUUAGAACAAGAUAAUGUAUUAACAAAUUCUUUUAAUACUAGUAUUGUUUUAUAUUCUGGUACACAGCUAUGUUUAUAUAACAUUUUCCAAUGUCCAUUAAUUAUCCCAGAAUUUAAAUUAACGCUUGAAGAUUGUGAUAUUUUGAAUUGCAAUGAUUUAAUAUUACAAAGUGAAAAUAAUGAAAUAUCUUACAAUGACACAUGUUUUGAUUUAGAGUGUUUGAGUUUUAAAAAUGCAAAAAAUGAUAAAUUGCAAACAAUGCAUAAAACAAGAAGAAUUCUUUUUAAGGAUUGUAAAAAAAAGAAAAAUGAUGCUUGCCUUUACAAGACAGCAUUCUAUUUAUCAAAGCUUGAUAAUAUAAAAACACCUGAAAAACAGCUUGUAAAAAAAUGCUUGUACUAUAAUGAUAUUUUAAUAAAGACAUGGAAACGAAAAAAAUGUAUUUGUAAAGUUGUGGGAGAAGUUAAAUGGUUUAUUGAAUUUUUAGAAAAAAACAAAAAUAAUUAG